AUGCAGAACGAGUUGCCAAAAAUACACAUAAAGUCUUUUUCUGGUGACUACAAGGAGUGGCCAGCAUUCAAGAACAUCUUCGAGAGCACGAUUCACAGCAGGCAGCUUUUGACAGAGAUACAAAAGUUUUACUACUUAAAGACAUACAUUACGGGAGAAGCAGCUGACUUGAUACGUCAUAUGCCAAUUACGGAUGCAACUUACGAGUCUGCUUGGAAUUGCUUGAUUGAGCGCUAUAACAGACCACGUCACAUUGUAAACACUCUGCUGGAUACUUUUGUAAACUUACCUUCGACAUCCAGAGCAGAUGUAUCAAUACUGCGCAAAGUAACUGACGGAGAUACAGAGAUUGUACGCGGCUUGGAUGCAGCAGGGCAAACAAACAGUGACUACUGGGUAAUUCAUUUCAUUCUGGCCAAGAUUGACGCUGAAACUCGACGCAAGUGGAUUGAGGGCAGCCGUGAACUGGAAUCGCCGACUGUGGACGAUCUACUCAAGUUUUUAGACCGCCUCUGCGAGGAAUUUGAGCUCAGCAAAAGUGAGCCUGACAAAGUCUUCCAAGUUGGCUCACAGCAAAACAAAGCCAAGCGAUCGUCACACGCCUUGGUAUCAACGGAGGAAGAAGAUUCUACUGCACACGCCGCUGUAACCAGGACACAUUCAAGGGAUGAGGAGCAGCGCGACCUCGGCGCUCCAGAGGAUACAACGGUGACCAUCAGCAACAUUGCUCGUGUAACAAGACACUCCAUGCGCUGA